AGCAUGUCCGCCACCCCGCAGAGCUGGAGCUCAAUGGCCCCCUCAAAGCAUUUGCUAUUAUUACCACUGUCUAGUCUGUACUGUAUAGCUACACCGGCAUUUGAAAAGAACUGCUACCUCUUUGUUUAAAAAAUAAAGAAUCUGCCUUCAAAAACAUUACAAAUAUUAUCAGUCAUCUGUGCUUUCGUGAUCCAAUGAACACCGUGCACCAGGUGAAUGUAAUUUGGAUGUUUCAUGCUAAGUAGCCGUCCCCUGUGAUACACACGAAGGGUUUACUCCAAUGAUCAUCAGACGUCUACCGUAAGAAAAAAUGCAUAGAGGUCCGACAAUAGUGACAGUACAAAAUACUGGCUCCAAAGGCAUAUCAUGUUGCUGUUGUACUUGCUGUUCAUGUUUGAAUCUGCAAAUCUUGAAGACUGAGCCUGGUAUCGUAAAAUUAGCUGAAAUACUAUUAGGAUUCUUUUGCCAAAGUUUAGCGUUAAAUUUUGGAGCGCAGUACUCUUCAACAAUAGGAGCAUCAUUCCAGUCUUUUAUGACGACAGCUUCUUGGUGUCUUAUGACGACGUUUUUGUUAUUGUUAUGCUACGUCUUCUCCCAAAAAUCAUACGGAUUGUUGAAAUCAUCACUAUUUGAAACUUUGUUCAACGGUAUUGCAGCUUUUUCCUACUUAAGUUCCUGUUCUUAUCUAGGGUGGACAGUGAACAUGGUGUUGCAGCCUUUAUACGUAGUUACUCCAUAUUUUCAAGUUUACCCAGCAAUGAGCGCUGCUUACAUGAUGGGCUCAGUACUAGGCAUUCUAUAUGCAUACGAUGCCUAUAAGUCCUAUAAGUAUUUCAAAGGCUAUAGAUAAAUCUUUUAUUGGGCUCAUGAAGAUUGGAUCAAGAUCACACUAUUCUCCUAGUCAUGAAAGAUGGCAGUAGGUCCACUUUCGAUAAAAAUGAUGUGAUAUAAGACACAAAUCAAGAAGAAUCGCUUGAACAAUCAACGUCUUCUGCGUCUUCUAUGAAAAGAUAACAUUUUUAGAUUUAAUGUGUUGUCUAGUCAAUCAAAUAAUUACAAACGAUGAAUAAUAAUAAAUGUAUUUGUAUACCUUAUUUUAUAUGUAUAAAGUACGAG